GAACCCACCUCACUCUCCCCACUCAAGUACACACUCCUCGCUGCUCGCUCUCCUCCCUGACGGACGGCAGAGUGGGAGUGGGGGAAGAGGAAGAAGAAGCCAGCCCAAGUGGAGAGAGAAGCGGCAGCCAGAAGACGGAGAGAGAGAGAGAGAGAGAGAGAGAGAGGGAGGAGGGGAGGGAGAUCUGCGCGGGGGAGGAGAGGAGAGGCAGCGAUGGGGUGCGCGGCAUCCAAGGUGGAGCAGGAGGACACGGUGCGGCGCUGCAAGGAGCGCCGGCGCAACAUCAAGGACGCCGUCGCCGCGCGCCAGCUGCUCGCCUCGGCGCACGCCGACUACCUCCGCUCCCUCCGCGUCACGGCCGCCGCGCUCUCCCGCUUCGCGCAGGGCCACUCGUCGCUCACCGUCUCCCACCACACCGCGCCCGUCCUCCUCACCACCGCCGCGCCGCCGGCCCUGCACGCGCCCGCGCCCGCCGCCAUGUCCUCCGUCGCCUCGUUUUCGCUGCCGCCCCCCACGCCGCUCCCUCGCCACCAGCCGCCGCCGCCGCCGCCCCAGCAGCAGCAGCCGCAGCAGCCGCAGCCGCAGGCGGCCGCCGCUGCGCUCAGGGUCGACAUGGAUCCGAGGAUGCGGCGGCUCAAGGUGCCGCACAUCCUGUCGGACUCGAGCGUCGCGUCCUCGUUCCGGAAGCCACCGGUGGUGGGGACGCCCUCCUCCUCGUCGGCCUGGGACUGGGAGAACUUCUACCCGCCGUCGCCGCCCGACUCCGAGUUCUUCGACCGCCGCAAGACCGAUCUCGAGGAGGCAAACCGCCUCCGCGAGCUCGACGACGAGGCCAAGGCCCGGGGCUACCCCCAGCGCCGCCACGACCACCUCAAAGAAGAGGACGAGGUCGACGACAGCCAUGGAGAAGACGAGGAGGAGACGGAGAGGGAGGAUAUGCAUUGCGGCGGAUGGGAGGACGAGGAGGACCACUACGCGUCGACGACCACGUCGGAGACCAGAUCGGAGGAAGGCGAGGUGGGGAAUAGAUCCGAGUGCGGGUUCGCGGCCAGAUCGGAGUACGGCGGGACGGCGCCGUCCGAGUACGCCGCCGUGCCAAUGCAGCUGAGGAGGGCCGAGAGGUCAGAGGUCGGGGACUCCUUCUCCACGGUCACGGGGGCGACCGAGAUGCGGAUGGUGGUGCGCCACCGCACGCUCUCAGAGAUCGUCGCGGCCAUCGAGGAGUACUUCGUCAAGGCGGCCGACGCCGGCGACAGCGUGUCGGAGCUCCUGGAGGCCAGCCGCGCACAGCUCGACCGCAACUUCCAGCAACUCAAAAAGACGGUGUACCACUCCAACAGCGUGCUAUCAGCACUGGCUUCGACAUGGACUUCAAAGCCGCCAUUGGCUGUGCGCUACAAGUUGGACACCAAUUCACUGGAGAUGGGGUCAAUGGAAGGGAAGAGCCAUGGGUCAACACUGGAGCGGCUCUUGGCCUGGGAAAAGAAGCUAUAUGAGGAGGUCAAGGCUAGAGAGAGCGUUAAGAUUGAGCAUGAGAAGAAGCUUUCUACCCUGCAAAGCUUGGAAUACAGAGGGAGGGACAGUGCCAAGCUGGACAAGACCAAGGCCUCCAUAAACAAGCUGCAAUCACUGAUCGUUGUCACGUCACAAGCUGCCACUACCACAUCCUCGGCCAUCGUCAGCGUCCGCGACAAUGAGCUCGCGCCACAGCUUGUCGAGCUUUGUUUCGCGUUGCUGAGCAUGUGGAGGUCCAUGAACUACUUCCACGAGACACAGAAUGAGAUCGUUCAACAAGUGCGCGGUCUGGUGGACAACUCCAUGGCCGAGUCGACGUCCGACCUUCACAGACUUGCGACGCGUGAUCUCGAGGCCGCCGUCUCGGCAUGGCACUCCAACUUCAACCGGCUCAUCAAGUAUCAGCGUGAAUACAUCCGUUCUCUGUAUGGCUGGCUGAAGCUUACACUCUUCCAAGUGGACAGCAUUACCCCACAAGAGGCCCACGCGUCACUCAUCUCACGCGAGCUCACCACCUUCUGCGACGAGUGGAAGCAGGCAUUAGACCGGCUUCCUGAUGCGGUGGCUUCGGAGGCUAUCAAGAGCUUUGUGAACGUCAUCCAUGUCAUCUACACCAAGCAGGCAGAGGAGAUGAAGAUCAAGAAGCGAACCGAGACGUACUCAAAGGAGCUGGAGAAGAAGACCAACUCGCUGAGGGCCAUUGAGAAGAAGUACUACCAGUCGUACUCGUUGGUAGGCCUUGGCCUCCCUGGCAGCGGGCGCGACGGCAUUGAAGGGCACACGUUCGACGCGCGCGACCCUCUCUCCGAGAAGAAGACCGAGAUCGCGCAGUGCCGCCGGAAGGUGGAGGAUGAGAUAACGAGGCAUGCCAAGGCUGUGGAGGUGACAAGGUCCAUGACACUGAACAACAUCCAGACUGGCCUGCCAGGAAUGUUCCAAGCCAUAGCUGGUUUCUCGGGCACGGUCGUCGAGGCCCUCGACGUGGUCUGCCGGCGAGCUGGGUCGGUGCGGUAGGAUGUCAGCCACUCAGCCCCCAUCAGAGCAUCAUUUUGGCAUCCCUCUCACUUUGGGUGGUUCGGUAAUCUAUAUAGGAAAAAUGCGAUAUAUAUAUAUAUAUAGUUAAGUUAAAGCUUAGGGAUGAAACGUGGGGGGAGAAGGCUUCCCUGGCUGGUUUUGCCUUUGUUUGGGGAUUGAUCAUUUUGGUUGUAGAUAAUGAUUUUGCUCAGGAUCGCCGCUCAUCUUCUUUCUUCCCUUUCUGGGGUGUGUGAAGGAGGAAGACAUGUAAUGUACAGGCCCUGUGGCCGCCUUGUCGCGCUCUAAUGGCGAAGUUUACGCUUGGUCUUCCCUCUCGCAACUUGAAAUCCAACUUGAAAUAUAUGCUCA